AAAUUCUAUUCUCAGGUGGCAAGAAAAAAUCUCUUCUCUGAGGUGACAUAAAAUUCUCUUUCUGAGGUGACAUAAAAUUCUCUUCUAGUCAUUUGGAUGACUGACAGUAGUCUGAUUUUCAGUUUCAUUGAUGUGGAAUUACAUUCAGCUGACAUGAAGUUCUUUUAUUUUCUGACCACCUUGAUUUGUAUAUUAAGCAUGUUGUGCACAAGAAAACUAUAAUGCAUGUAUUAUAUUCAGACAAAUUUAUUUAUAAAUAUAGAUGGCAAAACAGAAAGAAGAAAUGGAGAGAAUGAUGCGUGAAAAAAUGGCCCAGGCACAACUAGCUACAAGUGAAGCAGCCGAGGCCCAGCUACGAGCUAGAGAGCAGGCCGAGAAAGAUAAGAUGGCGCAUUUACAUGAUCAGGAGAGGAAACUCAAGGAAGAACUUGCUAGGGUCUUUCAAGGCAAACUUAAUGAGGAAAGAGCAAAACUCGCGGAGGCAUUGAAAGGUGAUACAGAUGUGAAUAAAAUACGAAAAAGUGAACAAAUGCUGCGGGAGGAAGUUGCAAGACUAAAACGUGAAAUUGAGCGUAUACACAGAACCUGGGAAAAGAAGUUUGCCAUCUUGCAACAGAGUUUACAUGCAUUGAAAGAUGAGAGUUAUAUAAGACAACAAUUACAGAGACAGGCUGCUAAUCUUCACCAUGCUGCAGUUAGCUACUCAGCGGAUGCUCCAAUUGGAAUUCAUCCUUCAUCAAAGCAUGCUAGCCCUACUAAAAGACCAUUGCCUGAUAUUCCAAAAUAUGCAAAACCUAUCAAUCCAAAUGCCACACCAGGUGCACCACAAGAGAAAGACUAUAUAUCUUACACUGUGUCGGCGCCAAGUGGACGUGGAACGGCAAUCUUCUCUACAGAUGAAAACCAGAUAAUGUCAGAGAAUGACAGAGAAGAUAUCCCAGCUGAUGUUGUGCCUCUACCUGAAAGACCUGCAAGACUAGGUAACCAACAGAAUUUGACAAAAGUCACGUGAAAAUCUACAACCUCAAGCAAGCAGUCAGCUGACACUGAUAUUUUUAAAUCUGGAAAAGGACCAAUCAUUAUCGUUCCUCGUGUCACGUGAUACUUGAAGCGUUGUACAUACGUCAUCAUGUUGUUUGUUGCUAUCAUUUCAUAUGUAACAGGUGUGAUAUAAGUGGUCCAUAUUGUGAAAUAAUAUACAGACUUUGAAAACAUUGAUGUUACAUCAUGGGAUCAAUAUACAGGGUGUACCAUUAAUUAUGUCACAAUUUGCAUUUGCGCGUUUCGGUAAACAUGGAAAAGAAUGAGUUUGAAAAGAAAGCAACGUACUAACGUUAUUUUCGUGGAAAAGCUUGCGGACAUAUGUGGUUGAAAUAGAUAUGUUUAUGCCAGUAUUAGUAUUUUGUCUUUAAAAAUCUUUGUUUGAGAAAAAAUGUCAUCAUAUCAUUUUUAUAAAGAAAAUAUAUAUGUAUAUAGCCCCCAGCUAAAAUGUGGGUUGAUUUAAUAAAAAAGUUCACAGGGAAAAGAUGAACAUGGUAUCAUAAAAACAAGUAGGGAAAAGAUAUGUGCCUUUCGGGAUUGUUUACCUGGUAUGAUUACAUUGCCAUGCCUUGAACAGAAGAAUUGAUAUUUUUUCGUACUUUAUAUAUUAAAAUGUUAUACUUCAUGUGUGACAAGAAGGGUGAUGUGUCACUGCCGGUUAGAACUCGUCACUGUGAAUUAGUCACUAUAAAUUAGUAUGGAGUUUGUAUUUAACUUUUUUAUGCAUGUACAUGUAGAUGACUGGUUCUGUGAUAUUUUUGGUUAUAUUUUUUAUAUUUUGUUUUAAUGCAUUGUCUGUGCUUUAGAUAUUUAUUAACAAUGAUGAAUGAGAAAUAAUUAUAUAAAAAUAUUAUGUAAAACAUGAAA